AUGCCAGGCGUGGCGAAACUGAUAGAGCGUGGUGCUGAGAUUGGUCUCUUUGUAGCUGAUCCACCUACGACAUCACUUCAGAGAAUCAAAGCUCUCACUACAGGAACACUGCCUACCUUCAUAGACGCCGGUGAUAACUUUGCUCCGAGUCCGAACAUCAACGAAGACAGCAUAGUUUUCCAAGCGUGGAGCAGGAAUCUCACUACGACCUUCAUGGGUGAUAACACAUGGUCAGUGAUUACA